GCGUGCGCGCAUAAACAGACAGACGCGCGCAUACUCGGUCAAGAUAACGUCACUCGUAAAAGGGGGAGGCAAGCAAGUCGCUCAAGUAAAACUCCAACAAGGAGAACCAGACCGGCACAUACGAAUAGCGUCGCUUCCUGUGGACUAUGUUUUUUCUUUUUUUUUUUCUUAUUCAAAUAUAACUAACCCCAUUGGACCGUCUUUUUGCGUUUGGAUCUUCAUCAGAAGGAAUGCAUCGGCACCCUUCAUUCUUAAGGCAGGUCUGUGUUCCGAUUGAGACCUGAGUACAACCACAGGGCCAGGAAAGCAUGCUUGCCGCCAUGCUGGGUCAUAGUACCGGCGGAGGAUCCGGAGGUGGCGGUGGUAGCAGCGGAGGAGGAAGCAAACUCUCUCAGAGCAUGUCUCAAUUUUCCAGCUCCAGCUUGAACACUGUCACUUCAAACUCCUCUAUGUCGGAUAAAGUCUCCACGGGUCGCCCAAUGCACUCGCCCAACCUGGAAAGCCUCACCUCAGACCCAAACUACAUCCUGCAGUUGGUCACGGAUGUACGCAAAUUUGCUGAUGUCGUGCUCCAGUUCAGAGGAGUUUUUGCCUCCGGAGAGAACCAAGCGUGUCUCCACAAGGCAGUCCAUGAUCGUCUAAGGGAGAUGCUGGCGGUCCUUUCGAAUCUCAUCAGCAAACACCGCAGCCUCAACUCACUUGAUAUCCUGAGUUCAGCUGGGACGCUCAUCACGACAGUGAAAGGAGUGAAUUUGGAAGAGGUGAACGAAGAGAACAAGAAGAAUCUUUUGAGAGACAUCGACAUUGCAACCGAGCAAUUGGCAUUCACCGUUGGCAAUGUAGUGUCUGAGUUCCUUAUGGGAGAUGUAGAGAAUGGAUCAGUGUUAGGGCUCCCCCUAACUAAGACGGGCAGGUCUUUUGACAACCUGCCUGUGGAAUCUGGAGGAUCCGGCUCUGAGAAAGAUGAUCCGCCAGUUCCUGUGAUUGUAACAGGCCCAGCAUUUCGGGGCGAAGAAGUGGAUCGGACGCUCCAGCAGAAGGACAACGGGGUGGAGUCAGCACUACGCUACUCCAAGGCCUGGUCCAAAUACACCAAAGAAGUGCUGGGGUGGGUGGAGAAACGUCUUAAUAUGGAUAUGGAGUUGGCAAAGAGCUACAACAAAAUGGCUGAAUCUGCAAACGCCCUUGCAAGUCAACAGCAAUUCAUGCCGUUCCGUGACAUCUACAUGGCAGCUUUCAAAAAUGACAUUGAAUACAGCAAACUUGUACUAAACACCACAGCAGUGCUCCAAAGCAACAAAUUUAUGCAGCCGCUAAUAACCCGAAAAAAUGAAUUGGACAAACUACGCAAAGAAAUGAAGGAGCUGUGGCAGAGAGAGCUAAAAAAAAUGCACGAGGCGGAGAGCGCUCUGAAAAAGGCAAGGAUGCUGCAGGAUCAGCGUCAAGAAGAGUACGAAAAGGCCAAGGUUUCUACCAGCCGCUUGGAGGGCGAGCAGAUCGGAGGAGUGGGAGGAGCAACGGCUGCUAAACAACUAGAAAAGCGUCGCAGGUUGGAAGACGACGCCCUCCAGAAGGCUGAAGAGGCGAAGGUACACUCCAAAGCGUGUCAAAUUGAUGUUGAGGAAAAAAAAGCCGGUCUAGCCAAAACGAAGAACGACAUCAUCACUCAGCUCCGAAAGAUGGUUUUCCAAUGCGAUCUCACUCUCAAAGCUGUCACGGUCAAUUGGUUCCACCUCCAGCAGGCUCAGGUGGUAUCACUUCCCGUCAACCACCAGAGACUUUGUGAAAAUGCCAAAAUAUACGAGCCCGGGCUUCGCUAUGUUGAGUUUGUCCGGAAUUUGUCCCCUGACUCCCAAUAUCCGGAUUCAGCUUUUUCAUCAAGCACAGGAUUUCCUCUCACCCAACACAUACAAAGCGGCAGUCACUCAUCCUUCAGUAACUUGUCACAAGGAUCCUUGACAUCGGACCUCCUCGAUGAGGACGGGUCCACCCGACAAGCCAAGAUUGCAGAGCGCCGCGCCAACAAUAACACUGACCUCCAAGCACUUCGGAUUCGUUCUUGCAAUUCAAGUCAAGGAGGAGGAACCUGUAGCGACUCAGAAAGUGUCGGAGGGAGCAGCGAGUCCCGAUCCAUGGACUCGCCUACUGCCAGCCCAGGAGACUUCAAGAGGAGAUUACCCAGAUCUCCCUCGACUGGCACCAUGUCAUCUGCUGAUGACCUUGAUGAACCCAACUCUCCUUCUGAUAAUGGCGUAAACGAUCUUUUAAACGAAGUCGCCAGCUCUCCACGUUAUUUUCGAAACACACAGAUGUCCAAAGCUGCUCAAACGCACAAGUUGAGAAAACUCCGAGCGCUCUCCAAAUGUCGAGAGUGUGAUGGGCUGGUGGUGUUUCAAGGAGCAGAGUGUGAAGAGUGUUCGUUAGCUUGCCAUAAGAAGUGCUUGGAGACCUUGGCCAUUCAGUGUGGCCAUAAGAAGCUUCAGAGGAAGCUUCACCUCUUUGGCGUCGACUUCAUGCAGAUUGCAAAAAACAGCCACGAUGGCAUCCCCUUCAUCAUACGCAAAUGCACGUCGGAAAUCGAGACCAGAGCUCUCGAUAUGAAGGGUAUCUACCGGCUGAACGGCGCCAAAUCACGCGUGGAAAAACUGUGUCAAGCGUUUGAGAACGGCAAGGACUUGGUUGAGUUGUCCGACCAUUACCCCCACGACAUCAGCAAUGUUCUCAAACUCUACCUUAGACAGCUUCCAGAACCACUCAUCCUCUUCCGCUACUACAACGAGCUUAUUGGUUUGGCCAAAGAAAGCCAAAGAGGAAUUGCGGAAGAUUUGGAGGCAUUUCGUCUCAGCUCCUCUCCAGUCACGCCGGCUCAGGUUGGCGUGGAGCUUAAUCGCAUCCUCUUCAAACUCAAGGACAUCUUGAAGCAGCUGCCAUCUGCUCACUACAAGACAUUGCAGUUUCUCAUCCAACAUCUCCACCGGGUGACAGAAGAAGCUGAAGAAAAUAAAAUGCCCGCAAGAAACCUGGGGAUUGUCUUUGGGCCUACACUCAUCAAGCCGAGGCAGGCCGAUGCCGACAUGUCUCUUUCCUCGGUUGCGGAUUACCCGUAUCAGGCACUCAUUGUCGAGCUCCUCGUCCGACACUACCACAUGAUCUUCGACACCCCGCUCAGUCCUCUUUCGGGCAACUCGCCCAAAGUGGUUUGCUCUCAAUCCUCACUGGACCACAUCCGUCCUCAAUUGGGAAAUGAGCAGCUUCUUAGCAGGCACUCAAAGUCUGUGGGUGACAUCCAGGAGUUGAGCUCCAAGAAUUUGAAGAGACAUUCCUCCACUCCUCCAUAUCACUUGUCGCCCGAGUAUAAGGACCCAGUUCUGCUCCUUCCAGGUGACCAUGAAGAUAAAGACUCUGAACCUGGUGAUGAAGUUGAUUCAGAGGUCUGCAAUGGGGUCAUUGAGGGGGCAAAAUCCAGCGAGCGAAGUUUCAACCGCUCUCCACACGUCACACUUACGACUCGGGUGAAUCUCCGAUCGCACCGUAACAAGUUCUCCUCCCGGCCAGUCAGCAUGCCGGUAGAACGCAGUCGUGGUCAAGACAACGAGAAUCCCACCUGGACGACCUCGCAUGAAGAUGAUAGAAAAGGAGGCAUCCAGUCUAUCCAAGAGGUGGAUGAAAGUGAGAUGAGAGGUGGAGCACGCUACGGGAGCACCUUUAGUAACAACCAUACCUUACGUAGGACUUGGGCCGAUCAAUAUAAGCACCGUGAUGUAGCGUCGAAAACUACCAAAAAUGUUUCCAGUCCAGAAAGCUCAUCAGAAGAUGCAAGCCUCCCUCAUGAAAAUUCCAAGAGCCAGCUUAAUGGACCUUACAGCACGUCAUUGAGAGCCGGCAGGAUAUUAAGACGGGAGGAAAACGUGACCAAGUACAACAUAGUCUCAACGGGUUACCGACCUUCCCGGACCCUUCAACCACCACCUGGAACUUUCUAUAAGCCUCCAUCAGGGAGUCGAACGAAAUUACUCCAUACGUUAGCUAACAGCGCUGGCAACGAAGAGGAUGAGGACGACGAGUUGGAGAUUGAGAUUUCUGUGGACGAGCCUCUUGAGAAGGACGCAGAGGCAGAGCAGGCGACCGCCUCGUCGUCCCACAGCCCAGAUCUAGAGGACGGGGGUCUAAACCAGACCAGACCGUUAUACCAGAGAACGAGAUCCAGGCAACUUGAAGAGGUUGAACAUCGAGAAGCUCAUUUUGUGUGAUAUCUCCAGCCACCAGAUGUCAAGACACAAUAAAAGACAAACUUGGUGGUCCUGAGUGGACAAGGAAAACUAAUUUCCUUUCCCAAAAACAGAGAACGCACUUAAAAGGGUGUACAUUUUUGGAAAUUGUAUUUUUCUGCCAUUACUACACUGACAUCAGAUUGGACUAUUUAUAAUUCUUCUUAAACUGUGCAAUUGCAUUUUAUGUGAAUAUUUGUAGUGUUCUUCCAGACUCACUGUCCGUCUGUCUGUUUAUAUACCAACAAGUAUAUUUGACGAGUUACAGAAGAUCAUGUAGCCAUAACACUGAGAAGAACAAAAAUGGUUCACUUGAUCACUACAGGAAUCUUUUUCUGUUCGUUUAUACUGUUACACGGAGAAAAAAAAAAGUUUUGUUAACAUUUUUCUGUCAAGCAUUAAACACAUACUUGUUCUGUGCGGCUAAUGAUACGAACGUUAUUUUAUUUUAGUUGAACAUGUGACCCUGAGAAUCGUCGAGGAAACAAAAAUAGGUCUAACUAAGCUUUAUAUAUAUUUUUUGUAAGUAUAACAGGAUUCGGUUGUUUUAUUUUUUAUGGUGACUUUCAAGCUUGGUGGAAUGAUCAAAUGAUUCAAUGUAAAAAAAAAAAAAAAAGACAGGUACAUUCGAACAAGCGUACUUUGUAAGUUAUUAAAAUGUCUCGCAACUUUCAA